UUCACUACCACUUUAUCAACAAAAUGGAUUCCAAAACAGCUCUACCACUCCUCCUUCUCGCCGUCUUCUACCUCGCCGGAACCGCCACCUCCGCCGCCGUCAAACCCUCCUCCACCUUCAUCAAAACCUCUUGCGCCACCGUCACCUACCCUGCCUUAUGCGAACAAUCUCUUUCCCCCUUCGCCCAAACCAUCAACCGCAGCCCCGCUGAGUUAGCCCACACCGCUUUGGCCGUCAGCCUGAAACAUUCCCAGUCCACCCAAGCUUAUCUCAAUAAGCUCAAAAGAUUCAAAGGGUUGAAGCCCCGUGAACGAUCUGCCAUCGGAGACUGUUUGGAGGAAGUGAGUGACAGUUUGGAGCGAGUCAGCAAAUCGAUUCAGGAACUCAAGAACUGUGACCGAGUCAAGGGUCAGGAGUUCAUCUGGCAUAUGAGUAACGUUCAGACCUGGGUCAGCUCAGCUCUGACCGACGAGAACACGUGCAUGGAUGGGUUCGGAGGUCGAGCAAUGGAGGGUCGGAUCAAGACUUCGGUUCGGGCACAGAUCACCAAUGUUGCGCAUGUUACAAGCAAUGCUCUAGCACUGGUUAACAGCUUUGCACAGAAGCAUUAGCUGAUGAAAAAAGGUGGACCCACCCCUAAAGCUCCACCACUACCAAUGAACUUUUUUUGUGUUUAUAAAAGUAGUAACCUUGAAUCUUGAUCUCCAUCCUGAUCCAUGUUUGGGUCGGGUCGGGUCAAGUUCUAUGGAUAUGGAAGAUGUAUAAAUACGAUAUAUAUAUAAAAUAUAAUUUUGUCAUUAGCAUAAAAGUUGAGCUUGUAAAAUUAUUAAGAGUGUAAUGCGAUAAUUUCAUCUUGUUUUA